UAUUGUCCUUAAACAUCACUUUCCUUUCAGGUAUCAGCAAUGCAGAAGCCCGUCAGCCAGGGAAAGCCCCAAACUUCAGUGUGAACUGGACAGUAGGAGACACCGGCCUGGAAGUCAUUAAUGCCACGACUGGCAAGGACGAGAUGGGCCGUGCGUCCCGCCUGUGUAAGCACGCGUUCUACAGCCGCUGGAUGCGUAUCCACGCCAAGCUUUCCUCCAGCUUGCGCUCAAAGAUCCUCAAGCCCAACCUGUACCACGAUACCAAGCAAGGAGCCACUGAGUAUCAAACUGCCAAAGAGUGUUUGUUUAAAGCAUUCCUGAAGGCAGGACUUGGAGCCUGGGUGGAGAAGCCCAUAGAACAAGAUCAGUUUUCACUCAUGGUCUAAUUCACAAACUGCACAUCACUUUGGAAAGGGAGUUGUUCUGGAAAUUCCUGGUGUCCAGCAUUGCUUUCUGGCAUCUCCACAGCCAUCAAAACAUCUUUUUGCUGUUUGGAGUUGGGUUUCUUUGGGGUUCUUUUGAAACUUCACAGUAACUGUUUCUGUUUCGCCUGAGUAAUGAAACUCAAUGAUGAUCUGACACAUAAUUGUAUAUUUUGUUAUAGGAAAGUAAUUUCUGGUGUAUUUCUAGAAAUACUUUUGCUGUAGAAAACCUGCAGUAAGGCUGUCCUUACUGUAUACAAUGACUCAUUUUUUCUGGGUUAAAAUAAUUUCUUUUUUUAAUUCAGUGUCAUCAAGUGCAUGAAGAAAUUAAAAGUUUCUCUAGGUUUUACACCACACUUUUAGGAAGUAGCUUAAUUUUUUAAAAAUAGGUGACAAAGCUGAUUCUACUGCUCUGUUAACUUGUUUUUGAACUGCAGAUAUUUUUAGCACAUAGACAACAGAGCCAGAAUGGAGUCUGGACAGCUAGUUUUUUCCCAAUUCCUUGCUCUUUAAAACCAGCUGCUGAAAAUUUCAUGUCUUCGAUGUAUGUAUUUAUUAGUCUGUGACCCAGUUUUUAACAUGCAGCUUUUUAUUCUGUUUUUAAAAAUACAUUUACCUCCCAUUUA